GAGCCCAUCAUCGCCAUUCACUGCUACCCCUGGUCCAUCAGCAAUUGCGUUCUGCGUUAUUGACACCUCCGCCUUUUAUAUUUCCCUCGUUCUUCCCUUUACCAUUAGUCGAAUCGGCAGUUUCACUUGCGUAUUCCGACUUAGGUGCAGCACCCCAACGCAGCCAAUAACGCUUAGACCAACCGGUUAUGAGCCGAACUUCUCCCCCACCAUAUGCAUACUAUGGAGACGACGCUCCCUCCCCAACACCAUUCGAAAGCAUGUAUUGGAACGCAGUCUACUAUCCCAAUUGGCGUGUGUACAGGGAUCAGCCGCCCAUUUCCCUCAAUUUUGACGUCGUCUCUCACGUCUUCUACGCCUUUGCCUGGGUAAAGCCGGAUGGCACCGUCUACCUCAGCGAUGAGUGGGCCGAUGCCCAGAUCAAAGUCCCUGGCUCAGGGGACAUUCCAGAGGCAAACGGAUGUCUGAACUCCUUCGCUCUAAUCAAACAGAAGUACAGCAAGCUCAGAGUUGUACUCUCUGUUGGUGGUGGGGGCAAAGGCAGCGAGACUUUCGCUGAGGUUGCUCGCAAUCCAGCUUCCCGCGAGACCUUUGCUCGAACGGCUCUGGGUCUCAUCCAGCAGUUCGGCAUCGACGGAAUCGACAUUGAUUGGGAACACCCCGCAGAUUCACGUCAAGGAGGGGAUUUUGUCGCACUGCUCGCGAUUUUGCGAGCUUACUUACCGGGACCCCAGUACACGCUAUCCGCUGCACUUCCAGCUGGUCAGUGGGCCCUUCAACAUAUCAAUCUGGCCAAUGCUGCGCACUAUCUGGACAUGGUCAACCUGAUGUCAUAUGACUUCUCCGGUCCCUGGACACCCAAGUGCGGACAUCAGGCCCAGCUCUACACGCCUCAGAUUCCGCAUAGUACUGAGGCCGCUAUCUCAUGUCAUUCCGCCGUUACCUACAUGGUCCGGCAUGGCGUCCCUGCAAACAAGAUUAUAUUGGGAGUGCCGGCUUACGGUCGGUCCUUUCUCAACACGCAGGGUGUGGGCUGCGCCUAUUCAGGAUGUGCAGGAGAGGAAGGCACCUUUGAAUACAAAGACCUACCUAGACCGGGCUCACAGGAGAUGGUCGACGAGCACGUCGGUGCGGCUUACUGCAUUGGAGAAGACGGCGGCUUCAUUACCUACGACAAUCCCCAGACCGUUCAGAUGAAGGCACGAUAUGUGCGGCACAAUGGACUCGGCGGUCUCUUCUAUUGGACGGGCACCGGCGAUGCAAGUGCUCAUACGCAGAAAGACAGGAGCCUGGUUUACAAUGGAUUCUUGGGAUUGUUUCCGCAAUAGUCGAGAGGCCGGUUUGGGAUUAUACUCCAUUACUCAGCGUGGACGGACUGCACCACACAGCUAGUGGGAGGGAAGAAUAUUGCAUAUAACGUUACUUCAAAUGCA